AUGAGAUUCCCAUUCGUGGCUCUGGUUGCCUUAGUCUCGUUUACAAUAGGAUUCCCUGUCGAUACAGACGCUUCCCCUCUUCGUACCUCAUCGGAUAUAGUUCUAUCCCGCGCUGUGAGCGAUGUCUGGAACGACUCCGCACGGGAUGGCAAAGAAGAAUCGCAAAAUCUUGCACUCUGGAGUCCAGACCCAGAGGAGCAUUCGCUUGAUAUCUUGGAACAUCGGGCCUUCUCCGACUGCUUUCGAUUGCAGACAUACAGGACAGCCAAGGCGAGAUGGAAGGGCUACGGCUUAUCGGUUAUUUGGAUAGAGGGCGGAGCGCAUGUGGCUUCUGCGAUAUGUGAUAUCUUUUUCCCCGGUGUGGCGUGCAGCAAAAGCAUCGAAAUUGUCAACUGGCUUGGGCGGAUGACGCUCGCGUCUGUAAUGAUUUUGGCAGAUGAUCUUGAUCCCCUGACUAUUGUGAACGGAGCGGUAUCGGCCGCCUUCGGCGGGGGUGACUUCGCGACGUCAGGUGUGUCUGACGAAGCAGCUGCGGCCGCUGAUGGGGAGAACCAGGCUAAACGUAGCUUGCCUGGUACCCACUAUCACACUAGAUUGGUUAGAGGCUUGUCUGCUACAGGCCUAGAGUUUGAAACUGUGGAGCACGUUGAUGUUUCGUCAUUGAAGCAUCGAAAGCGAAGCAACGACGAGCCAGAUCUUACGCAUCGUUCUAUAAUUCGAGGUGCAAAGAAUGGCAACUCUUCCGUGGAUUUUGCAAUCAAUCAUUACAGCGACGGUCAGGCUUCUGUUGCUCUAGAUGACUUCGAUGAAGUCUUGACGGAUGAGGAUAGAUCCAGGCUGAACAAGCGCAAAACCUUUUCCAAGCCAGGUCUCAAGUUCUCAUUCAGCGUGCAUCGAAAGAUUAAGUUGGAAGAAGGUGGCAUCCAUACAUUUGCCCAAGCCAUUGCGAAGGACUGGUCAGAGACUGCCUUUAGUCUGACUGAUUGGGGCAAUUACUACGGCAUCAUCGGAGAUGAUACUACCAACCCUUACGUCAAAUUCAAGAUCUCAGCUCACCAUGCGGGAUUUGCCCUGGACUAUGAUAAAGUGGAAUCUUGUGGAAGCAUGAAUUAUGCCUUGUGA